CUCUUUUGCUUCCGUCUCUCCGUUAGUGCCAUCAGGUGCCAUCGCGGACAUCGCCUCUCGCGACGUCGCGCUAACGACCAAGUUAAACCCACGCAAUCACUUCAAAGCCAACACCAAGUUACUGUUAUUGUUUUUGCGUAAAACAUCCGAAUAAUGAAUUCGACGAGCUCCCACACUUCUCUUGAUGAUGAAUCACAGAGAGAGCUGGACGACCUUAACAAACGAAUUAAUGCACUGCAAGAAAGGAAGCACGCCCUAACGUUUGAAGCCUUCAAAGUUCAUACCACCAUACGCACUCUUCAAAGUCGUGCUGCGCAUAUCACGAACAAGACCGCUCCUGUGUCGCGUCUUCCAUCAGACGUGCUUGCCAUCAUCUUUGAGGAGAGUCGGCGACUACUUAUACCCUGGAGCAACGUAGUGAAGCGCCCACUUUCUCCCGAAGUGCAGCUAUCCCACGUUUCAUCUAGAUGGCGGGAAGUGGCACUCUCAACCCCUGCUUUGUGGACAACCAUCAGGUUCCCGAUUUUGCACAAGGAGGCUGCUGCUGUGGCGUAUCUCCAGCGGUGCAAUCAAGCGCCCCUCAGUGUCCAUAUAGGCCCAAGAGUGUCUGAUGCAGAUUCCCUGCGCUUUAUUGCCGCGCAAUUCGUACCCCGACUGAAUCAGAUUCGCGAGCUCACCUUCGACACCGACGAGCGUCAGGAUCUCUGCGCAUUGUUUCCCUUGUUCGCAGAUGAACCUGCUUCGAUAUUAAGACGAUUGAAGAUUUGUUGCAAUGACACACGCAGCGCUGCCGGUGUCAUUCCUCGCCUCGAUAUAUUCAAAGCAGGAGCACCGCUCUUGUCUGAUGUACGCCUCAGCGCCUUUGCAGUCGGACUGCCCCAGUGUUCUGCAACUACUUUGCAUCUUGAACCGCCACCUGGACCUGGGAACCCUUUGCCCAGACUUGCUUUCCUCGAUAUCCUUGCUCCGCUAUCAACUACCCUUACUACCCUACAUUUGAGAGGGUUCAUUAGCGGAUUUCACCAGGAACCUGGUAGCGCACCUGUUGAACUCCCUGCCUUGAAGGAGUUAUUAGUGUAUGGUAACACCCUGAAUCACGGAUUCAACGUUUUCCGCAACAUCUCUACUCCUGCCAUCAAAUCUCUAUCCCUCGUCAAUGUUAGACGACAGGGCUUGUCUUCAAUCCACAAAUUUAUUGCCAGGACAUCUCCAGAGCACUUCCAACAUCUCCACACAUUGCGAUACAUAAACUGCGACAUUGACGAUGAUCUCGACGUCUACCUCCCCCAUGCAACAUCUGCUCUCACUGAACUUGCUGUAUCUGUCAAGCAUCACACUCAUCUCUUGCGACUUCUGUUGAACAGCGACAGACAAGCUGCGCUCCAUGGGGUCCCUCCCUUGUGGCGUAAUCUCCACACCUUGACGCUCCACGUUUCCAAGCCAUUGGACCGAGAAAGAGAGGAUGUGGAUUCCGACGAAGAAGAUGACCCGCCGCCAACGAUGGGACUACUAUUGGAGGUGGUGCAGCAGAGAAGAGCGGUGGGCAAGCCUCUUGACCUUCUUCGGAUAGAGGGCCCGCAUGCUCGCUCAUUUUAUGAGGAGUUCACGACUAUCCUCGUGAAAGCACACGAAGAUCUUCACACAGAACUCUUUUCGAUGUCUUUGCCUUCUUCGAUAGACGUUCAGGAUUCAGAAGUGGAUUGGGCGUUUGCUGCUCACUACAUUGGAAACCAAUAUCGCCUUUUCAUGUUCAAGAAGCAUCAACAGUUUGCUCCUCACGGUACUCCAGCUAUCCAUCCUCGGGGGCUUCCGGUCAUGGCAUACCCUUCAACACAUACGCAGGUUCCAUAGAAAUAUAUGUUUUCUCUACAUUUCAACGUGACUUGAUCCUCAGCUUUGUCGCUUGCUAUCUGUAAUUUACUGUACUUCAACACGAUUUCACACAAUACCUAGAACAUGCGGGUC